UUAUUGAGCUUCAUAUUUCUAUGUAAACUAAUAUACAAUUUAAGACGAUAAUGAUGUCUGAAAAUAUAUGUUAUAAAAAAAUUUCAUUGCAUAAUCGAUCAGAAAAGGUAGCAGUUUUAAAACUAGAUGUAUAUAUAAAAAAACACGAAAAAAAAUUUGGAAAAAUAUCAUCCCAAAAAAUUUUAUCGCGAAAGCAAUUAAAAUUAUUAAGACUUAUACAAGAAUUAAUGAAAGCUAUUGAAAAAGAAGAAAUUAACAAACAACAAGCAUUUCAAUUGCUAAAAACUUCUAAUGAUGCAAUAAGAACAACAAUUUCUACAUUUCAAGAUUCAAUGAAACAAUAUAAAGAUAUCAUAAAAACUGAAUUUGCAAAACUCGAUUGUUUAAGUACAAAUCGACUUUUAAGUAUUAAUUAUACAUAAACAUAAUUUAUCAAUGUUGAACAACUAUAUUAUAAGACAUUUAGAAGUUUUCAUAUUAUAUGCUAAUUUAUCUUAUUUAAAUAAAA